GCAUCCUUCCUCUCCUUCCUGGAAAAAGCCAUGUCUGUUCUCGUCGUCUUCUUCGAAAGCCUAGACAAUCGAUUUUCUUUUCCAUAAUUACAUAAUUUUAUGGUGGUCAAUGUUGAGAUGCGAGUGACACCAACAAUCAUUUCCUUUUUUUUUUUUUUUGUACCGAUUUAAUGCCACCGUGGUUUUUCAAAUAUAUGGGCACAUGUUCUUUGACGGUAACCGGAAGAAGAUAAGGGUAUAAAUUUGAAUCGAAGAAGGAGAGGAGAGAAAGUCAUUAUAGGAAAAUCAAGCUAAAUUGCGGCAUCAAUGGCUAAAAUUCGCUUGCUCAUAUCCGAUUUCAUCGUCUCCUUCAUGUGGGUAUGGUCGGGUGUUUUAAUCAAGAUCUUCGUGCAUAGAGUUCUGGGCUUGGGGCAUGAACCGAGAGCUGAGAUUAUCAGGGGUGCCAUGGCGAUCGUCAACAUGUUCUUCUUUGCGUUUUUGGGCAAAGUAGGCAAAGGAGCAUCUUACAAUCCUUUGACUGUCUUAGCUCCUGCGGUUUCCGGGGAUUUCAGUAGCUUUCUCUUCUCUCUUGGUUGUAGAAUUCCUGUUCAGGUAAUUGGAUCUAUUGUUGGGGUUAGGUUCAUUCUUGAGACCAUCCCUGAAGCAGGGCUUGGACCUCGUUUGAAAGUCGACAUUCAUCAAGGUGCAUUAACAGAAGGGUUCCUGACAUUUGCAAUUGUUAUGAUAUCAUUGGGGCUUGCAGCGAAAAUCCCUGGAAGUUUUUUCAUGAAGACUUGGAUCUCAAGUGUCUCAAAGUUGGCUCUCCAUAUUCUUGGCUCUGAUCUCACCGGUGGAUGCAUGAACCCAGCAUCUGUGAUGGGAUGGGCGUUUGCUCGCGGGGAUCAUAUAACGAAGGAGCAUAUAUUCGUAUACUGGCUUGCUCCAGUAGAGGCAACACUGCUGGCAGUUUGGACAUUUAAGUUGGUAACUAAGUCUCUAACAGAAGACAAAGCAAAGCUUAAGGCUAAAUCAGAAUAAUGGGGAAAAAAUAUGAUGCUUCUUAGAAUCUGUUUCUUCAAAUCCUAAGUGUGAGCUCUGGAGAAGGCAAGAACAGGAGUUCAGAGGAAUUCAUUCUUUGUUUAUGGGAUUUGAUUAUGGUAUCCUUGGGAAAUUAGUCUUUGUAUAUGCUUAUCAUUAGAUGUAGUUAUUUUAAUUUAUAUUUAACAAAGCCAACGGAUGAAUAAAUACAAGAGGACAAUGCAUCCUCUGGUGUAAACUUCUUUGAAUUUGUAUAUUUCUCAUAUUUUCUCA